CCGCCACCCCCAAUAAUUUGACAGCCCCACUCCUCACGCACACCCAAACCACUUUCUUAAGUUCCCCCGCGAUCUUUAAGACUGCUGGGUGUGUGUGUGUGUAAGAAUCUUUGAUUGUCUCUUUCUUUGAGGAAAUCAAGGUGACAGCCCAGAGUUGCCAAAAAGAAAAGAUUGAUCGAACGACUCCCACCCCGUACCCCCCCUCCCCCGGCCCGUUCCCCACACCCUGUAACUUUGAGACGUUCUUCCCUUCACGAUCCCUCUUCCUCCCUCGCCCCACUCCGCCGUUCUUUCAAAAAUUCUUGAAAGUGGGUCAAGUUCUGAUGUGCUGCUCUCGCGAGCUUUUGCGAAAGCGGGCGGUCGUGGUCAAGAUUUGCUUCGAAUUCUGACGACGUUUCGUUUUGUUUUUGUUCUGUGGUUUUUUUCCGUUUCUGGGUCCUCUCGAAAACGAACGCAGCUUCCCUCCCCCCCCUAUGGAGGGAAAGAACGGAGGGCAGUGCAAGAUCAGGAAAAGGGGCUGCUCGUCUUCGUCGUCGUCGUCUCUGGUGAGGAGGUACAGGCUGAAGAGGGCGAUCUUGGUGGGCAAGAGAGCGGGGUCGAGCACUCCCGUUCCCACAUGGAGGACGGGUGCGAAAUCGCCCCCGUUGAUGGUGCCGAGUGCUUGCCUGGCGGCCCAGAAUGGCGGCGGUAGGGUGAAGAAGGAAGUGCCCGUCUCUGCCAGGAAAUUGGCUGCCACUCUCUGGGAAAUCAAUGGGGUGACGUCGCCCGGAGAGGGAAGCGACUUGGAUGUGAUGAUGGAUCAGAAGCUGUCGAGAAGGAGGGAGAAGGACGCGGGGUUGUCGCAUUCUGGUUCUUUGGUCCCCCGGUUGUCCGAUCCGAAUCACAGCCCUGUGCUUGAGAGGAAGGGCCAAGCUGGAGGCGGCAAUCACCGGAGAAGAUCGUCAGCAGUUUCUCAGAAACUUCUGAUCACUGAUUACGUCGAAGGAGGCCAGGACUCGCAUAGCAAUGCCAGUGUGAUAGAGAUUGAAGCUCCCAAAGGCAAGAACCGGACCGAAGAUAGAAGGACUCGUCUAAAGGACGUCGUUAGUAGUUUAACCACGUCGAAGGAGCUUCUGAAAGUUAUUUUUCGGGUUGGUGGUUUUGAGAAGCAACACAAACCGACUGUGGCCCUCGUCUCGGCCUUAGGAAUCGAGCUUGAUCGUUCCAUCACACAGGUUGAACAGUUGAUCCAUGAAGAGAGGUCUCAUUCUCACCAGAUUGAUUUCCUCAUGAAGCAUUUCGCAGAAGAAAAGGCUUCUUGGAGAAGGAAGGAGCGAGAACGAAUCCACAGCGCUAUUUCACAUAUGGCUGAGGAAGUUGACGUGGAAAAAAAAUUGAGAAGACAAACAGAGAGACUGAACAAAAAGCUUGGCCAAGAACUGUCUAGCAUGAAGUCAUCUCUUUCCAAGGUGAUGAAGGAGCUCGAAAGCGAGAAGAGGGCUAAGGAAAUAUUGGAGCAGGUCUGCGACGAGUUAGCAACAGGGAUUGGAGAGGACCGAGCGCAAGUGGAAGAAUUGAAGAGAGAAUCAGCCAAAGUUCUCGAAGAGGUGGAGAAGGAGAGGGAAAUGCUUCAGCUAGCUGAUGUUCUGCGUGAGGAGAGAGUGCAGAUGAAACUUUCAGAGGCUAAGUACCAUUUUGAAGAGAAGAACGCGGCCGUUGAAAAGCUAAGGGCCAAGCUCGAGGCCUACAUGACAUCCAAAAUGGGUAAAGAAGAGAAUUCUCCAAAAUCAGAGAGAGCGAAGGAGCUCGAGGCUUUCUUGAGUAACGAAAUCAAUCUUGAACGCGCUGAAAAUGAACUAUUCCGAGAGAAUAAAGAAGAAGCUGAUGGAGAGGAGUGUGAAGGAAACGAAUCCGCAGAAAGUGAUCUUCAUUCGAUCGAAUUGAACAUGGACAAUAACACCAGGAGCUACAAGUGGAGUUACGCGCACGAUGAUAGUAAUCAAGAGAACUCGAAAAGGGUCUCGGUAGAUAAUGAGUUCAACGUCAAUGGGAGGAGAUCUUCAUCCGACAAAAUUCAAUGGGAAAGCAUUUCCUUAAGAAGAGGAAACUCUAAAGGGACGAAUCUUCACGAGGGGUCCAGAACUCAUGAGAACCUGAACGGGUUUGACGCGGGGAGGCUAUUAGAGUUUUUCUCACAGACCAAAAUGGACAGCAACAAGGAAGACGAAACCAGAAGAAACAGAGCGCUCACAGGCCUUAAGGACCGUCAGUUGUCGAGUUUCGCCAGUCCAAUUCGGCCAUGGAGCCAGGCCUUGCCUCUGCAAGAUCAUGGCAUGGAAAGUUGGACUGUGGGAACGAGGAAUGGAUGUGAAAUUGAGGCGAGACUGGAUUAAAAAGAGAGUUUUUUUCUUUUUGCACUCAUCUCCAUGUCAGGCAGGGAAUACUAAGAAAUUGCUAGCAAAUGAUGUCUUCGCGUUAAUCCUAUUCGAGAAUUUUGAUACUAUAAUUGUAUAUGUGUUGUGGGUCUAGUGCUGAUGUGAAAAACAUCCCAAUUCGCAAUUUCAGUUCUUACUGCUAAGUAAUGUUGAUGUUGCUCCUGUCUUAGUUUGUAAGACCAAUGUCAUCUGCCCGGAAAGAACUUAAAUAAACUUCCCCACGAGGUUAUGAUCAGCA